UGUGAUAGCUAGCAACUCCUCCUGACAGUAUAUGGUUGUAGUGUCUCAGUCAUAAGAUAGUGUGCCCAAAGUUUUCAUUAUACAAAUCCAAUUGUCUUUUCCUUUGCCAUAUUUUCACCCAUUCUUCUUUGUCUUGCCUUCAUCACAAAGAAAACACCCAUCCACACUUCACAUUCCUUCUUUUAUUCUCGACCUGUUCUGUCUCAUUUAGCUCACUUCUUUAGCUUCAAGUUUACAAAUGUAUGACUUUCCUUAAUCACAAAGUCACCAACAUACUUAUGUUUCUCUGUUCUUGAUAUUGGGGUCUCGUCAGUGUUCCUCUUGGUCAUUACAGUUUGUGUCCAAAAGCAUGGGAUACGCUGUGUUCUUGAACGCUUCUUUCCUCCUUGUGACGUGUUCUUUUAUGAUUAUUCAUUUCCACACCCCGGAAACACAAGUUGUGGCAGUGACCAAAAUUUCUGGCUUUGGUAGCAGCAAUGAGCAAGAAUGUGAGAGCUUAGCCAGCCUCGAUGACUUCAAAGCCAAGUGCCUGUACCUGAAAUCCAAUCAUCCUUGUGCUCCUCAGGGCUAUAUUGAUUAUCUAUACCUUUUCUAUUGCCAAAUUGGGAGUUACCCUUCAUUAGGUUACACCCUUUUAUUUCUUUGGCUCCUAAUUCUGUUUUACUUAUUGGCUAAUACAACUUCUCAAUACUUUUGUCCCUCCCUUGAAAGCAUGUCCAAAUUACUAAGGUUGUCCCCCACAAUUGCUGGAGUCACCCUCCUCUCACUUGGCAAUGGUGCCUGUGACGUUUUCUCUAGCCUUGUCUCUUUCCAGGGAAGUGGGACACGCAGCAUAGGUUUUAACACGGUUCUUGGGGGUGUUUCUUUUGUGUCCUGUGUUGUGGUGGGGACUGUGAGUAUCGCAGUACGUCAAAAGAGGGUUCAAAUUGAUAAGUCCGCGUUUCUGAGAGAUGUUUAUUCUCUCCUUUUAGUUCUUUUGACCUUGUUUGGUAUUUUGAUCUUUGGCAAGAUCAAUGUUGUUGGAGCAGUUGCUUUUACUAUGAUGUAUGCUGUGUAUGUGGCUAUUGCUUAUGUUUCUUCUACCAGAUGGAAGGAAGGUGUUGCAGGUGAUGGAGGUGGUGAUGUUGGUUGCGGAAAUGGUUUGAAUUUGCCGCUUCUCGUUGGUGUGAAGAAAGAAGCAAUUGAUUGUGCGGAAAAUGGUGCUGAAGAAUAUGGAUUGAAUGUGGAUAAGUAUUGUUGUUGUAUGAGAUAUUUAAUGUGUCGAGUGCCACUUUAUGUUCUGGAGUUGCCCCUUUACUUGCCUAGGAGAUUGACAAUUCCUGUUGUGAGUGAAGAGAGAUGGUCAAAGGUGUAUGCAGUUUUUUCUGUCAUACUAGCACCACUUCUAAUGUCUGUCCUGUGGAGGAGUACUUAUAAGAAUGGAAACAGUUUCUUCAGCAAGAACCUUAUUGUUUAUGGAAUUGGAGUUUUGGUGGGAAGUAUACUUGGAGUAACUGCAUAUUUGACAACCAAAAAGGUAGGGCCACCAAAGAAGUUCUUAUUUGGUUGGCUUGCUGGUGGGUUUGUGAUGAGUGUGACAUGGAGUUAUAUAAUAGCUCAAGAGUUGGUGGGGUUGCUUGUUUCAAUUGGGUACAUAUGUGGAAUAAGUCCUUCUAUACUAGGGUUAACAGUUAUGGCUUGGGGGAAUUCAAUUGGGGAUUUGAUGACAAAUUUAACUAUGGCUUUAAAUGGAGGAGCAGAGGGUGCUCAAGUAGCAAUAUCAGGUUGCUAUGCUGCUCCCAUCUUCAAUAUCCUUAUUGGUUUGGGUUUGUCUCUUGUCACUACUACAUGGUCAGAGUACCCUCAACAUGUUGUGAUUCCUAGAGACCCUUAUCUUUGGGAGACAAUGGUGUUUUUGGUGGUUGGAUUAGUUUGGGCACUUUUGGUUUUGAUAAAAAGAGAUAUGAAGCUUGACAGACUCUUAGGAGGAGGGCUUUUGUUUCUUUACUUUCUUUCUCUGUUUUCAAGACUGAUUCAUGCAGAAGCUCACUCCAAUACUCUAAUUUUAUGAGUUGUUAGAUCUUUAUUCUUACUAUUUUGUCAUAACAUGACCCCUGUAUUGUGAACAGAUUCGUGUACCUAUUAGCAAAUGACGUUAUUUUCAGUGGAACUAUAUUUCUAAUAGAUUGGUGAAAAUUUGCUAGCUGUGUAA